AUGAAUUCCUCGUGGGGACAACCCUCUCCCACCCCACAGUGGCUUCCAAUCAACACACCGCUUAAGUUACUUGCUCGCCGGGAGUCUGGGGGCGACGUUUCCCGAAGUUCCAGCGGGCUUCCACGGGGCAUCCGUCCACCUCGGGGAGGGCACGGGGCUCCUUCGGCGGGGGUGUCACGCACGACGUGGGUGGCUGCUCAGCGAUCUGGAGCGGCCCCCGCCCCGCAGUCGCGAGGCCGACCCGGGAGGGGCUGCAAAACUUCUUCCACCUCGGAACCCACACGCCAGCCACAUCUGUCCUUUCUCACUCGGCGGCGACUCGCCUCGGGCCUCGGCUCCUUUCACUCGCAAACAGGCAAGCCGGCUCCUCGGUGGGGAGUCGCGGGCGCGCGCGCGCGCGUCCACGCCGCCGCGCGAGUCCUCGGGGCGCCUCAGCCUCCGCCUCCUACUCCCCCCGCCCCCAGCCCGCCGCGGAAGGAACGGGCCGCGAGCGAGCGAGCGAGCGCGCGCCGCUGCGGGACGACGUGCGCGAGACGCCCGGCCGCGCGCGCCCAGUCAGCGAGCGCCGGAAGCAGGCGGCCUGGCUUCGCGCACGGCGCGCACGCGCGCCGCCCCCACCCGGGUCUUCGCGACCUCGCGCGCGCGCGCGCUCACUGA